UGUUAUGAUAGCGUUGCCAUAUCGUCUCAGCUGGACCAAUCAGGCAUCGCCCAGUAAGCAAUAAUAUGAAAAACAGAGCCAUUUUCUGUUUUUAAGGUUCUUCUUAAAGUUAAUAAGUCAAUAAAUGCCGCAUCGCUAUUGCCGCACUUGCGGGCAGUUCAUCUUCUGUUCAACGCCCAAGAAUCUCUUCCGGGAGCCCGAUUCCGUGAUGCUGCACCAGAUCGAGGCUUUAACUGGUUUGUUUUUGCUCGGCGGAUCCGAGGACGAGCUCGAGCUGCCCGUCUCCAUUUGCUCACCCUGCGAAAUGGACCUGCAGGUUGCGAUUUCCUUUCGGGAACGCGUGAUAAACACACAGAACACACUGCAAAACAGUCCCAACUUGGGGGUCAUGGACUUAAAUGAAGCAGUCGUAGUUGAUGUGGAGCAGGAGCCUCAGUACGCCGAAGAAGUCACCGAAGUCGAGAUUAUAGACAUGCUACCUGAGGAACAGCUGUCGGAGACGGAAGAGCCGCUCCAAAUAUGUGAGCAGAACGAACAGCUCGAGCUGAAGAGUACUGCGCAGGAGAAGAGGCUCCGCAGAAGUGUAAAGACCACGCCCACAGUCUUCCCCUCCGUAAAGUUUGCGGACAACAGUCCGGCCCAUGAUCGCCUCAAACCACGUACCCAUUGGGGCAGGCUCACCGAGGACGAAGUGGUGGCCCUGAAGCGGGAGCGACGCAAGAGAGAGUGCAUAUGCGAACAGUGUGGCCGGCACUUCUCCUGCCCCAGCAACUUCAAGCUGCACCUUCUUCGACACACCGGCGUGAAGAGUUUCGCCUGCGACCAGUGCUCCCAGAAAUUCUACACUGGUACACUUUUGCGGCGCCACCAAGCACUGCACGCGGGCACUGCUCCGUAUCAGUGCCGCUACUGCGAUGCAACCUACAGCAACGCCAGCGGACGCAUCCAGCACGAGCGCAUGCGCCAUACGAAUGUCAAGCCGUUCAAGUGCAAGGAUUGUGAUAAAAGCUUUGCCAUGAGCGGAAAACUGCGGACGCACAUGCUAAGUCACAGCGGAGUGCGAGCGUUCCACUGCGAGUCCUGCAAAGUCUCCUUCGUUCGCCGCUCCCACCUGGCAGCCCACUGCCGCUCCAAGGGCCAUGCCCACGCAUCAAGCGCGCAAGAGGCGCUGGAUAAUCCCGUCGAACUGGACGUGGAGGUCACUGCGUAAACGAAUCAUUUGCCUUAGUGCUUAUAAUGGCAUGCAGACAAUGGUUUAGGCCAUUUACCAAAUGUAGAUAAAUUACCAAAUGUGUAUCCUAAGAUGAAUAAAAUGUUAACAAAUAAUUCAGCUGGGAAGAUCAGAAGAAAAUCAAUAGCUAUUAAUAGUUAUAGUU